UGGUGCUGCUGUUCCCUCCCCCCACCUCGGGUCAGGUAGCCGCUACUGAAUGACAGUAAUCCAGACAGGGUGAGCUGCAGCGGCGGCGGCCCCGAGCGCGGGAGCCCGCCUGGCGGACGGAGUGGUUCCUUCCCCGCUCCGUCUCCUUCGCAGGAUUCAGAGAACAGGAGUGGUUCAUGUCCAGAGUGAAGACGUGCUCCCAGACACUUCUGUCUUACAUCUCAUCUGAUGCAGUGGGGUCCAAGGGAUGUACCAGUCUUCAGGCGAUGGAAGUGGGCAAAUCACUGGGUGCUGGAGCACCAUGAGGAGAAUUCAGGAAUGUGGGAGAUGUGCAUCAAAGCAGCUACUGGAUUAUUGUGCCAACAAGUAGUAAAACAAGCACAUUCACAGGAAUGAUUACUCUGUUGCCUUGGAAAUGAAGUGACCACCCUGCUGCUGUAAAUGUAGGGCAGAAGAUCAAUGGUGUGGGCAGUAUGGAGCUAAUGAAUGGGCAGCUGAGCAAUGUUAAUAUUGCCGCUACUGCUUCAGAGAAGAGUAGCAGCUCUGAAUCCUUAAGUGAUAAAGGUUCUGCUGAACUGAAGAAAAGCUUUGAUGCAGUGGUAUUCGACGUUCUCAAGGUUACACCAGAAGAAUACGCCGGUCAGAUAACACUAAUGGAUGUCCCAGUAUUUAAAGCUAUUCAGCCAGAGGAAUUGUCAAGUUGUGGGUGGAAUAAGAAAGAGAAGUACAGUUCUGCUCCAAAUGCAGUUGCCUUCACAAGAAGAUUCAACCAUGUAAGCUUCUGGGUCGUUAGAGAGAUUCUUCAUGCACAAACUUUAAAAAUAAGAGCUGAAGUUUUGAGCCACUAUAUUAAAACUGCUAAGAAACUUUAUGAGCUGAAUAACCUGCAUGCCCUUAUGGCAGUGGUGUCUGGAUUGCAAAGUGCCCCCAUCUUCAGGCUGACUAAAACUUGGGCGUUAUUGAGCCGAAAAGACAAAACUACCUUUGAAAAGUUGGAGUAUGUUAUGAGUAAAGAAGAUAAUUACAAACGACUUAGAGACUAUAUUAACAGCUUGAAGAUGACUCCUUGUAUUCCUUAUUUAGGUAUUUAUCUCUCGGACUUGACGUAUAUUGACUCCGCAUACCCAUCUACAGGGAGCAUUCUGGAAAGCGAGCAAAGAUCAAAUUUAAUGAACAACAUACUUAGAAUAAUCUCAGAUUUUCAGCAGUCCUGUGAAUAUGAUAUUCCUCUGUUGCCUCAUGUCCAAAAAUACUUGAACUCAGUUCAAUACAUAGAAGAGCUACAAAAGUUUGUGGAAGAUGACAAUUACAAGCUUUCAUUAAAGAUAGAGCCAGGAACCAGCACCCCUCGUUCUGCUGCUUCCAGAGAAGAUUUAGUAGGCUCUGAAGUGGGAGCAUCUCCACAAAGUGCACGGAAAAAUGUUGCAGCUGAAGGAGCAUUGCUCCCACCAACUCCCCCAUCACCUAGGAACCUGAUACCACAUGGGCAUAGGAAAUGUCACAGCUUGGGUUACAAUUUCAUACACAAAAUGAAUACAGCAGAGUUUAAAAGUGCAACAUUCCCCAACGCAGGACCAAGACACCUAUUGGACGACAGUGUCAUGGAACCUCAUGCCCCAUCCAGAGGGCAAGCAGAGAGCUCCACCCUUUCGAGUGGAAUUUCAAUAGGUAGCAGUGAUGGUUCAGAACUUAGUGAAGAGACUUCAUGGCCAGCAUUUGAAAGGAACAGAUUAUACCAUUCUCUCGGUCCGGUGACAAGAGUGGCACGAAAUGGCUAUCGAGGCCACAUGAAGGCCAGCAGUUCUGCAGAAUCUGAAGAUUUGGCUGUUCAUUUGUAUCCAGGAGCAGUUACUAUUCAAGGUGUUCUCAGGAGGAAGACUUUACUGAAGGAAGGCAAAAAGCCUACCGUAGCAUCUUGGACAAAAUACUGGGCAGCACUGUGUGGAACCCAGCUUUUUUACUAUGCUGCAAAGUCUCUGAAGGCUACAGAGAGAAAACAUUUCAAAUCUACACCAAGUAAAAAUGUGUCAGUGGUAGGAUGGAUGGUGAUGAUGGCUGAUGACCCAGAACAUCCUGAUCUCUUCUUGCUGACUGAUUCUGAAAAGGGAAAUUCAUACAAGUUUCAAGCUGGUAACAGAAUGAAUGCAAUGCUGUGGUUCAAACAUCUGAGCGCUGCCUGCCAAAGCAACAGACAACAGGUUCCUGCCAACUUGAUGUCUUUUGAGUAAAAAGCUAAUUCAAAACAUGAAAGAGAACAAUUUGAUGAACUGUUUCUCAUAAUUUGAGCAUGACGUCCUGAAGAAAGCGUGCCAGCUAUAAAUUUAUUUCUGAGCCAGAACAGAACCUAAAGACUCAAUCUCUAAACGCUGGAGUACUAACAGUUUGGGGAAUGGAUUCCCUUGAGUGAAAAAUGGAGUUGCACCAUGAACUGCCAUGGACCAUGCUUCUUAAUAUUUUCUGAACUGACCUGUGGAAACCACUGCCUUAAAGAGUGAAAGGAAAACCAACAUGCAACACCAAAUAGUGUGUGUGAAACUUAUGGCGGUGCUGUGCUUGGGUUAAAUAGGUUGUAGCUAAUUUGCAUUUCUUUUAACUUUAUACUAAUUUGGGGGGGGAAAUCACCUUUUUAGUAUUCUUUAAAAAGGGUAUAACCAUAUUUCUUAAGGGUUGCAUCAACAGCUGGGUUUAGACUAAGGACAUAACGGUACUUACACAUUCUAGGGAUGGUGUUUAGACUAUACUAGCAGCCUUCAAUUGGAGCUUCUCUCAUGCUCACUUGAUCUGGAGCAUCAUUAGUUUUCUCAGACCUAGACUAUGAGAGCUGUAACAAAUGCAACGUUUUUUGUUUGUUUUGUUUUGUUUGUUUUAAGUACUAAACUUGGUAACCUUAGUACUGUAUAGGAACCUUACUUCCUGCCAGUGGCACAAAGGCUGAGUGUUUGUACAGCACACUUUUUCUUGUAAGCAGGAUCGUGAUACAUGCUUGUCUAGUUCCUGGUUGAAGAAUAGUCUGAUUUGGGUUUUUUAAGUGGGAGCUGUGAGGUGUCAUCAGGUCAGAACUGAGUGUUUCCUUCCCAUUGUGUUUCUACACUGGUUACUUUCCUCCAUGUGAUGGUUCCACUACACAACAAACACUGGAUAUAGCUCACAGAGAUGUUUUACUUCUCUGGAGGGAUGUUCCCCUAGCUACAGUUAAAGGGAGGGAAAAGCAGAAGACCCUUUCUCAGGGUAAAAUGCUUCAGAGUAUCAGUUUUAUAAGACCUCUUUUUUACAGUGUUUGAGAGAGACAAUCUCAGAGUUUCCAUAUUUUCAUUUUGAAAAAAUGGUUUUAAUUAUCUGUAUUGUUCAAGAUUUAGGAGCUCGAACUAUAUUUGCAAUUCCUAGAGAAGUUUAUUCUAGGAAAGAAAAAUAGGGUGGACUAGAUAAUCAAAACCUUUUUCCUAUAUAUGAGUAAUUCUUUGUCACUAAACGUACUUCCACAAAAAAUUUAAAAUCCCAAACUGGAGGACAAAUUUGCUGUGUUCUAUGCAUUAAAUUUUCAUUCAUGCCUUAUUUUGGGUUCUUUUAAGUUACUUAAUUAUAAUCUCUUGUACACAAAGCCCUAUUUAACAUUCGAAACAUUGAUCUUUAUAAAUAUGGAAGAAAUUCUAAUAGUGUCGAGGAAAACUUCUUGAAAAGUGGUAGAUAUUCCACUGAGAUUGUAAUUCAAAAGCAGUAAAUAAGCUUACAGUUGCACCCCUAAACUUUCUAAAACUAUCCAGUAGUCUGAGGUAAUGAGUUCUCUUGAUAAUCUUAAAAAAAAAAAAAAAUUCCAGAGGUGGUAAUUUGUUUGGUAAUGUACACUUCAUUUAUUAAAUCAGGGUAAGAGGAUAGAGUUUCAGACAUUAAAGUUCCCAGAAUCAAUAUCGCAUUUUCUUAACAGAAAUCAUUAGUUUUUGACUGAUGAGGCAGAGGAGGAAGGUUGCUGUCCCUACUGAGAGAACAAACUAGCAUAAAGAGAGAACCAUUCUUGGGGAGGAGAGAGGUGGAAAGUUGGGGCGUUUCCAAAU